GUAACACCGGAGUUAAGUUUUAGCGUCGCUCGGCUCGGCUCAAAGUCGGUUCACGCCGGAAAAUAGUGCAGUGUUCAGCAUAUUGUUUGGAUAUUACACUUUAACAGAUAUCUGUGAUAAUACCUAAGUGCCAUUGCCAGAGAAAUUCGAUCAAAAGAGUUUUGAGGGGAAAAAGAUGAAUCCUGUAUAGACUACGUCAACAGCUGUGGUAACUUGACCACUUCCAAGUCUUCCAGAAGAGAGCAGAGCCUAGCAGCAUGAACGACAUGAACGAUGCCAGCAAGCAGCAGCAGGCUCAGCAGCAGGCACAACAGCAGGCCCAGCAGCAAGCACAGCAACAGGCUCAGCAGCAGAUGCAGCAGCAGCAGGAACAACAGCAGCAGCAGCAGCAGGUCCAGAUGCAACACGAUGGACUGUUACAAUCUCAGCAGACAUCAGGAGCACAGGGCGUCACCCCUCAAGCUCUCAUAGUCAACACUGCCAACAUCGCUCAACAACAGCAACAGUUACAGCAGAGUAACCAACAGAUUCAGCAGCUUCAGCAGCAGAUGCAGGUGCCACAGUCUCAGGGAAACAACAUGCAGAACCAACUAGGGUCGAUAUCACUGAACCAGCAGGGCCAGACGACUCUGACGACGAUGCAGGCGUCCCAGCUGGCGCAGAGCGGUGCCAACACCCUGACUACCAUGCAGGCCCCCCUGGGCACCAUGGCGCUACAGGGCAGCGCCCAGGCUAUCCCCAUGCAGGCCAGCGGUAUGCCCUUGCACACUCCACAGUCCGGGACGACGACGAUCACCACAAUGUCGACGCUGCAGCAGCACGGUCAGCACCCGAUACAAGCGCAGACCCCUGCGCCGCAGCAAGGCCAAAUACAGCAGGUCAGCGAGUGGGCUGCCGGGAGGGUGCAAGUGAUCCAGCAGCCGUACCUACAACAGAUGUACAGCACUCAGGGCGGCCAACUGUUGAUGCCGGGAAACAUCGCACUACACCCCGCGGGCAUGAAUCCUGGAUCCAUACAGGUCAUCGCUGCCGGCAAGCCCUUCCAGCCCAACCAGUUGACCUCCCACAUGCUGACCCAGAGUAAACCUGUACUGGCACAGGGCCAACCCACAUCGUUCGGCAGCUACACCACCAUCCCCACCACUACCAACCAAACGGUGCUGAUCGGCCAGAUCGGCAUGGUCAGUCAGCCCAACAUCCUGCCUGCCCACUCCGCCAAGCAGGACAUUCAGAAGAUGAAGGGAGUGAAUGUGGUAGCUGGAGGCAGUUUCAAGACAUCGGAGACCGGGGCCCUAGGGGGCUGUGUUGUCUCUCAAGGACAGCUUCACUCGAGCAUGAUCGGCCAAGGGCAGCAGUUACUGCCUAUACAGUACACGACGUGCCAGGGCGGUCGGACAGUCCAGCAGAACACUGCGCAGCCGAUGCAGUUCUCCCCGUGGCAGUUCGGCACGGUGCCGCAGGGUAUAGCCUGGGCCACUCCGCAGCCUCCGACGCUACUCACCACUCAGAACCCCAUCUUCAUCCGUAACGCGACGCAGCAGGACGGUUCCACACCCAUGUUCAUACAGAGUCCGCCGCCGCAGACGAUACACACACAGCACCCUCAAGGUAUUGCAACCCAAGGCACAUUACCCAACCUGACACAGAUAGCGGCCAGUGGCAAUACCACCCCGGCUGUGGGGGCCAAGCCCCGCACCUCCACUGACAACAUCCAGCCCAAAGUUGCCGGAGGAUCAUCAGUUCCGAGACAACUGAGUAACAUUCUGCCGAGUGGUCAGCCCGCCAUCCGUCCCGCCUCCUCAGUCUCCACACAGACCGCCGUCAACCAACACCUCACUCAGGCGCAGAUGCAGAACCAGAAGGCUCAGGCUAAGAUGCGAGCUAAGCCGCUGAUACGGGGCCAAGUCGGGGGACAGAAGGCCGACGCAGCCAACCAGACCAAGCCUCAGAGUAUCAGCCCUCAGCAGCAGCAGCACCUUGCAGCCACCAACAACAGGAUGAUCAUCACGAGUGCGGGGACGCUGGUGCCCAACCCUCAGCAGUUGACAACAGAGCAGCUCAAACAGCAGCAGCAGUUGCAGCAGCAGAAGGCUGUGCAGCAGCAACUCGUGGGGAUGCAGCAGCAGAUCAACCUCCAGCAGCAGAUCAACUAUCAGCAACAGCAGCAGCAGCUGAUACAACCCAAGCCAACUCCUGUUAUCGGCAACAUUUUAUCUCUGCAGCAACAUCAGCAGAUGCAGCAGCAGCAAGCGGCAGCGGUGGCGGUGGCACAGACCCCCACCAUGGUGGUGGAACGGCAGGUGAUGACAGUGGCCUCCAUGCCCCCGCCCCCCACAGCACUGCCCACCACCACCCCGACCCCCAUACCCACCAAGGAGGAGGAUAAGAGUGGAGGUGACAUGGGUGGGAACAGCAUGCCCAGCCUGGAGACAGUGGAGGAGGCCCAGACUCUAGAGCAGGCGGUGGCCAGCAUACAGGAGAAUGGAGAUGAGUCCAUGCCGAUGGAGACAGAAGCCAGCACCAAAAUGGACGCUCCGCCAGAGGAAGGAGUGAGAGAACGAGAUCUGCCCAAGGCUCUCGUCAAACCUCAAGUCCUCACACACGUCAUCGAGGACUUCGUCAUACAGGAAUCGUCAGAGCCGUUCCCGACAGUAAACCGUUCGGCACUGAUCACGGAGCUGGCGCAGGCGGCGCGGACCGAGAAGGAAAACAGAAACCAGAUGAUCACUGCAGACGAACCACCUUUGAAGAAGCAGGCGCUGGAAGGCUCCAAGUCGGACCAGGAUAAGUGUGAAGCGUGUGGCAAGACGGACAUCAAGCUGAAACUCAAGAAGGGUCGCAGGUUCUGUUCAGUCUCGUGUAAGAGGAAACUGAGUAAGAGCGGUUCUCCAGACAAGAGAGGGGGACUGGAGGCCAUGGACCUUGAUAACAACGACUCUGCCGUCAGUGGGGCAGAGAGCUCCUCCCCCUCCCCACCUGACGCUGCCACAGCGGACACCGAAGACAGCUCCGCCUCCGACACCACUCCCAAGGUCAACCCGCUCAAGUGGACGGUGUCGGACGUGUGUGAGUUCAUCCGCGCACUGCCAGGCUGUACGGACUACGCGGAAGACUUCGCUAUCCAGGAGAUAGAUGGCCAGGCACUCAUGCUGCUCAAGGAAGACCACCUCAUGUCUGCGAUGGCCAUGAAGCUCGGACCCGCGCUCAAGAUCUGUGCCAAGAUCGACACCAUGCGCGGCACGCCGCAGCCACAACCGAGUCCCGAGAAGUGACCGGACAAUCCGACCGACCCGUUUAGUUAAUACUCGAUCUGAAGUAGAGACGUUCCGGCCCGUUCUGUGGUUACCAUUCGCAGCAGAGUGUUUGCAGAUGACAAGUUGUUUGUUUGUAUAAAAUUAUUCUAUACAAUUUCCUAGUUUCGCCUGUAUACCGUCUCUUUUGUUAAUUCAGAUAGUAUUGUGUUUGGCUGUAUCAAUGAAAAAAUUUAUAAGUGUGAUUUGUCAAAAGUUUUUAACAGCAACACUCUUCGUAAUUUAGUCUUGUUUCUCAGCAUUUUGUUAAACCUCCAGUGAAAAUUUAUAAGGAAUGAAGGAAUGGGCUGAUUACAAAUAUUUUCAGUUUUUGUUCCAGCUUUGAUUCCAAAAUGUUUGUUUUAAUCUCGAUUCUUAGUCCAGUUUGUCUCUAUCACAAUCAACAUAAUUUUUCUUUAGCUGUUAAUCAUAUAUUAUAGAAUAUUGUGAUUGUGUACAGACUGAUUACUUUAAAUACUCAUUCAAUAAGUGAUUUGUGUCUCAUAGUGACACUUCUGUGUGGCAAGCUGUAAAAACGGUAAAGAGUAUUAAAAUUUUUUUAAUUGUGCCAACGUAAAUUGUGAGUGUAAAAGCAAUUUCAUCAGGAAUUGAAUGAUCAAUAAAAAGGAUUAUGGGACUUAAAAUGUUAAAAUAUCUAUAAAACCACUCUAAAUAAAUUGUGUUAAAAAAGUAAAUAAUCGUUACAGCUGGCCUUGAUAUUAUUCAAUCACCACUCUGGAUACACUAUUCUAUAUUGUGUUAUCUGUAUAAAAUCUUAUUGGCUGAAUAUUACGUAAUGUCUGUACUCUGUGAUCGUUGCUGUUCAGUAUGAACCAGUUCUAAAACUAGGGUGGAUGAUCAGUUGGGAUAGAAUACAACUGGCUACAGAAUCGAGAACAGAAAAAGGCUCCAAACGCGUAAUAUUCUCAAUACGUUUACGUUUCAACGUAAUGACUAUGAAUGUACCACUUAUCAUCUGCUAACAUUCACUCUAAGAAUUGUAGUUAAUACUCCGACAGAUACCAAGUGCUCUGCUCCGCUGUACAUUAUCGUAAUGAUUCGUUUAAGUUUCCCGACCUUGUUAAACUGAUGAUCUCUUUAAUUAUUUAUUUCUUGUAUUAUUUAAGAACAGUUGAACCAAUGUAAACUUAGUUUUACGUUACAGACCUGUACAAUGUUAUAGGAACUUUGCAGCUUAGUUAUUAAACAAAACUUUCAACGGCACGAUAAUCUCUGAUUGAAGGUUGUUCAUCAUCGCAGCUCAGCAGGAACAACCAGAGCCCUGGGGUGAGGACUGCAGUGGCUGGAGGUUAGGUUAGUGUUUGAGUGAUAAAGCAGUUUAUUAGUUUGGCAAUAUCAAACUAUCACUACAACCGAUAUUCCUCUCUCGCCCAGAGUCCAGAGUUUAAGUAAGUCCAUAACUGUAACUAUAGUACAAGACAUACCAUUGCAAGCCUGGGUUGUGCCUAGAGGUGUGUCUGGCCGUUCCGGAACUUUCCAGGCUCAGAACUAGUUCCAUGAGAUAGUUCCAGUUCCAUGCGUUCCGUUCCAACAAUGCUUGUCUACUUAAUUAAUUUUCUGGCCGAUUUUGUUCCGGUACAAUAUAACACCACGUUCCAAUAUUUGAAUUUUAAACACAAAGUCUAUCUGCUCAAGUUGUUUUCGUGCAUCAUACAGUCGUGAUGUACAGUUCCAAAAAUUAAACUUCGUGAAUGCUUAUAUUCGUAUAUAUUAUUUUAAAUUCUAAAUCUUGAAAUACUAACACUUUACUACUCAAUUAAUAUUGUUGAUCCCAAAUUAAAACAGUUAUUUAGUUUAAAUUAAAAUUAAAGAAAUAUUUUUAUUGCUAGAGAGAACCUUAUAAAUUAUAGCUGUGCGAAAAUGUAAUUUGGAAAAGUUAAUUCAUUAUGUCUAUAUACACUAAAAGUUAUAUAUGAAUUAUUAGUUUUUUUUUACAUAUAAAUUAAUAAUUUGAAUAUAUCAAUAAAAAUAAUUAAUUAUAGGUUGCCACAUGAAAAUAUCGUGGUUGCCUGGAAUCCAGAGUCCGCUCUGGAACUGGAAUAUUUAGCAGCUUAUUCGUAAACCAUUCUGACGGAACAUGGAGUUCCGAGCUUAACUAAGCCAGAACGCUCGGAACUUCUUGGCACGUAAACUGUUCCGACGGAACAUGGAGUUCCGAAGAAGUGAACUGUUCCAGGUCCGUUUCGGUUCCGGAACUGUUCCAGUUCUUUUGGCACAACUCUAGUUGUGGCAAAUAAACUGCCAAACUGUUUAAUGCACUUAGGCCUGAGACAUAUUGUGUCACACGAGUGUAGAAGAUUAGUUUCUUGUGAUAACACUAGUAUUAAAAUUAUUAAUUUAAAUCUUUUCACAUUAAUAAAUAAUAGAGCAAAACGGCUUGCAAUGAUAUGUCUUGCAUUGUAGUAAUUAAUAUUGUUUAGAUAUUGAGCAAAAAAAAAUAUUAACACUCAAACACAAUGAAUUAUAUAAAGCUUAUUUUUCUGCAACUGUUUUGGAAAGGAAAUAUGCCAUGAAAAAGUUACGUGUGUUAUAGAAGUUCUAUUGAACGAACGUUUUUGUAACAUUUAAGAAGUUUUCAGAUAAUAAAUAAAACAAUGUAAACAAAAUAACAAAUCAUAUAAAGUAUAUUUUCAAGUACUCUCAGAAUUAUCGGAAACGGUUAAGCAAGUUGAAGUGUAUAUACUUUUGUGUAUUUUAUUUUUUAAACUCCAUUGGAUUUACAUAUGAUAAAAGUACGUAAUGAGAAACAUUAAAUAUGACCGACUGUAGAAUACUCAAAUACACAAUUUUGUGUUACAAUCUUAAUAUAGUACACUGUGUAUGUGCUUUGAAAUACAUUCGUUGUUAGGAUUCAUCAUUAUGAGUGAAAAUUUAAAAUAAUCAGUGGGAUGGUGAGAUACCACAGCCGAUCUAUUUGAAGAUGAUGUAAGAGAAGUAAAUGCUCAUAUUUUGUGUUCAACUGGAAGGCCAGAGCACGAGAACACGUGAUUACGUUCACACGGCUGUUAGUGACCUCAUCUGCGUAUUGUAAUUCUGUAUAUAUUGUAAGCUGUAGAUUUUUUACUGAUUUUAUAAUAUUUUAUAUAAGAAAAGUAUUACAUUUUUCAAUCCCUAAUUCGCCAUUCAAGUAAGGGAUGUGUACUAUAAAAACAAAAAAAAUCUGUUACUUUUAACUUUUUCAUAAUUAGCAACUGCUAGAGUAAUUAUGUUGUUUGCUCCAUUUUCUCUUUUAUACAUCGCAACUGUUAUGACUGUUUUGUUAAUUAAAUACAUGUUUUCAUGUGUUUUUGAGAACUGUUGUAAGCUGAACUGUCAACUCUAACUGAUUAUUAAAAUGUAAAUUAAGAGAAUCGAAUUGCUGUUACUACUGUUACUUAAGUUGAGUUUGUAGGUAAUUGUAUUUCCAGUGGCACGGACAGUCAACUCCCAGAUUAUCUCGUGGCAACAGUCUUGCAAUAAUACAGAGAAUUGUACACAGGACAUAAGUAAUAUAAAAAUCUGAGUUUUGAAAAGCGACAAGUAGUUUUGUGUAUACACGUCUAUUCUGUCUUAUAAGAAAUUAUCAAUCAAGCAACUGUUCAAAUUUCCGUGUUUGGGUGUUUUCUUAUAUUUAUCAUAUACAUUCCUUACAUUAACUCUUUGGAGACCAGAGUAAAAUAUUUAUGUUGAAAAAUAUCAAGUUAUUUUUUAAACACGUUUGUCCAAAACCCCCAGGGUAAAACGCAGAAUGUUUCUAGGUUUCAUGAAAAAAAUCGUAACUAUUACAACAGGACUUGAUAAGUUUUGUAUCAAAAUCUUUGCAGUAAUUCUUUUGAGGAUGCAAUAUAAUAUUACUUUAGUAUUAACAUAACAAAUUGAAUUAAAAAUAUUUAUUAGUUAUUGAUAGCGUACAAACCAACAUUACAGGAUAAAAUGUAAUGAGAUCUCAUUAUUUAAAAUUUGUAACAACUUGAUAGACACUCACUGAUAGCCAUGUUUCCACAUUGUUAAUUAACAAUAGUUUAGAGCAGUGGCGUAACUAGUACUCGGGUUUGGAGGGGGGGGGGGGGUGAAUCUAAUCGAAGAGCACACCGUACCAGAGGUUGGUGAAUUUCAAUAAAUUGGGUAGGCCUAAUUAAAGCAAAACAUUUAAUUGCGAUAUUUUAAUGAAUUUUGAUUGAUGUUUUUUUGUUUACUUUUUACAUUUUUUUUAAGGUUUUUUGAGAGUGUUUCUACCCCCUCAUCCUCCACCCUCCCUUAGUUACGUCACUGUUCUUUUUCAACAACGUAAUCUUCAGCUGGUCUGCAAAGGGUUAAAUACAUAUAAAUCUGGAUAGGAAUAUUUAAUUGAAUCUGAAUAUUUAUAUCUGUGAGAUUGAAUUCUAUUGUAAGGCAUUUCAAAUUAUCGUAUUAUUUUAGUUUGCCUCACUCGUCUUCUUAUUCCGGCAUUAGAUACACUUUAGGUAAAUGGUUUUGAAAUAAAUGUCUUGAACGAGAGGGAUGAAAAUGCAUCCAAUUAUUAGGAUGAUGGGGUGAGAUUUUCUAGUGAUAAAAACACAGGUGUGUUUACUCAGGUCAUACAUGUCUACAGGGCUGUGAAAUGACAAAAUAUAUUGUGCAGCCUUACUUCCGGCAGUAUAAAAAAACUGAUAUUAAAUGAUCAAACGUUUAAUACAUUCACUGCUAACAAAAUUGUUCUAUGACUUGGGCUGUGUGGAAUAAGACAAGACAAUUUAGAUUUUUGUUACGACACUAAAAGUUUUUUGUAUUAGGUCUCGUAAAAAAGAACAUUUAAAAAUUUUAAUGUAUUUUGGGAGGGGGAGGGACAGGAAUGGAUUUUUUCACCAUCUUCAUAAGUCUCUGGACUGUCAAAGUCUUACUUACAUUAAAACAGAGUGAGUAGGGGAGAUUCGGUGCAGUGCGAGGUCGUUAGUCACAGACAGAUUUCAACCUUCAUUACCUCAACUCGGUCUUAAAUUCAACCUUUCCCAAGGAUGACACUUUGAAAAUCUCAUUCAUAGGAACUUUGUACUAGAUUCAUGUUUUGUAAGCCAAAACCUUUUUUCUUCAUAAAUUAUUUGAAAACAUUUAAUUUUAUUAAUUUAAGCUUAUCCUGUUGUACUAAAGUAUAAAUGUCUCAUAUAAUUUGGCGACUUAUGCCAUAUUUAUAAUAUUAAUUUCCCUACGACCCUGGGUAAUUGUGAGUUAACUGUACUUCCAAGACAAUACACAAUGCUGUAAGUUAGUCCCAUUUAAUAUUAUAAUAUCCUAUUAUUAGUUUUCAUCACAUUCCUGUUUCUAUCAGUUGUUUUUAUAACAUAAAAUUAAUUUAACGCAUAAACCUUUUAUUUCUGUACAAAAUUUUUUGAAAAUUUAAACUUAUUUUGAUCUGGAAAUUACUAUCCGAUUCGUAGACAAUAGCGUAUUUCUUAACAUUAUGGUUUUAAUAGAGGAAUUAUAAUAAAUGGUUUGAUCCACUGUUAUAAUUAAACAACUGCAAUUCAUUGAUUUAAUUUUAUUGCAUCGGCUGAGAAGUGAGAAAACUUUUAUUUCUCAACACAGUGCGGUGCUGUGUAGACCACAGAGGAUUUUUAAAACAAAAAAUUACCCCUCUACAACUUAGAGUGCAAUGCAAAACCAGUUAGUGAAGACCAGAUCGAUUUACAACUCGAAUUUAAUAUUCUGGCGUUAUUUAGGUGUAUAUUUUUUUGUUUUGACUGAUAUUUUUAUUUAUUAAAAGCGCUGCAUAUUUUUAUGUUUGUGUAAAUAUUAAAAUAUAAUUUCUUGUAUAUUGUUAUGUUGUUGUUUUAGCUAUUUGUAAAUGUGAACUUUUUUAGGUUUAUUAAUUAAUUGUCAUUGUUCAUUGCUACACUGCCAAUAUCAAUGAAAAAAUAUAAUUUUCCAUCUACGAA